AUGGCGUCCUCAAGAAUGUCGUUCACAGCAAAUUUCAAGUCCUAUACCUCUAUUUUUCUUUUAUUUUUGUUGCUUGCCGCAUUAACGAAGUGCUCUUUCUUGGAAGCUCGGAAUCUUGAAGAAGAUGAUCAGCUAGGAAGCAGCAAAUUGUGUGAUGAAAUAUACGUAGUUGAAGAAGGAGAAACACUUCAAACAAUAUCGGACAAGUGUGACGACAUUUUUAUAUUGGAAGAGAAUACUCAGAUCAAUGAUGCUGAUGAUGUUUACCCUGGCCUUGUUCUCAAGAUUACAUCUAGGAAGCUUAGACUAACAUUAAUCGACUAA